AUGCCGCCAAAGAAAAGCGCUCGCAUUUCUGCAGGUCAGCCGAGCCAGGAGGAAAUUCCCCAAGAAGCAAAUCCAGACUAUCUAGAACGGUCCUUAUCCGCCGCCGACGAUGACAACAACGACGAAGCCGCUCAGCCAGCUACAGUAGAACAGAGGAUUAUUGACUUAACUCAGCAACUGUACGACUUGCAGCAGCAACAGAGUAUUCAAGCACAGCUUCAACCAUCGAUUGAAACCUCGGAAGCCGCCGAAGCACGCAACAGACCUACGCCUCCACGAGCCAAUGGACCAGACCCCCGGAGAAUCCCUCGGCUAGACCACCUUGAGAAGCUAGACAAUCCCAAGGCAGAUGCUGGCCCCGAGUUCGACGCAUGGCUUGUGAAUGUAAAUGGCCUCCUUCUAGACUACGGUACAGUGUUUCCCAGCGACGGCGCCCAAGCACGCUGGCUUUAUAAACAGACCACUGGAGACGCCCAAAGUCGGCUCACCCCCUACUUCCUCCCAUCAUCGAUUGUGAAACUUGACACAGCCCAGGCGGUAUUCGAUCACUUUGAGCUAGCAUAUGGCGACCCCGAAAAGCAAGCAAAAGCAUAUGCCCUCUAUGUUGACGAAAGCCACGAUGCCGGACAAAGCUUCAACGACUUCUUUACUAAAUUCCAGCUGAAUGCGGGAAUUGCCCAAAUCAGUCCAGACGUCUUGUUCAGAGACCUCAAGCACAAACUGAACCCUCGGUUCUUGAAUGCCCUUGCUACUAGUUGGCACCGCAUCAAUACCUUCGCCCAGUUGCACCAGGAGUGCUCUCAACUCCAGCACACGUUUGAAGUCUUGGAUGAAAGACGAGCCAAGGAAACGGUGA